AUGCAGCCAAACGAGGAGGGCCUCAACAGCUGCUGGACUGACAAAUGCGGCUGGUGGCUGGACUACCCCGAGGGUGACUUCUGCUACCUGAUGAUCCGCCAGCCCACCAAGACCUGGCAGGAGGCGCAAGCCGACUGCAAAGGCCGCCAAGGGAACCUGCUCAGCAUCGCCGACUCGCUCGAGCAGCGCUUCGUACGCGGUAUCGCCAAGCUUCUUGGGAUGAAUGAUGAUGCCUCACUGUGGUUGGGCGCCGACGCCUCCAUCAAGCCUGAGGGCGACAAGUGGACUGACGGAUCCCCCUUCUCUUACCUCCACUCGAGUGCAGGUGUCGCUGAAGGGGGGAAAUGCCUUUCCUUGCUCACUGGCAGCGGCGACUGGAAGCGCGACAAGUGCGACGAGAAGAGAGGCUACGUCUGCAAGAAAAGAGGAAAGACACAUCAGCUGCCGCCACAUGACGGCUACAAGGAGGAACUUCUCUGCCAAGACGAUUGGAAAUCCCUUGAAUGUCCCGAUGAAAGAGUCAUCCGCAUACGGUCGGCUUUCCAUGGACGGAAGCGUAGCGACGUCUGUCCGAGUGGCGGCGGAUCACGCGAUGACUGCAGGGUGGAAGGGGCUCUCCGGUACUUAAGAGGAUUGUGUGACAACUAUCAGAUUUGCCCCAUUUACCUUACGGAUACGGACUCCUGCCCUGGUGUCUCCAAAUACCUCCACGUCAUCUACAGCUGCGAGAAGAAAGUGUGUCUUGAUAGUCUGUGCAUCGCUGAGGGGAGAAUCCCAGACUCUUCUUUUUCAGCCUCUUCCUCUGCGAUCAAUGCCGAACCUCACAAAGCGCGUCUGGGGGGCAGCGGUUGCUGGAAACCGUCCAAAAUACUCGGCAGCUGGAUCCAGGUGAACCUCGGUCAGAACUUCAAGGUGACAGGCAUUGAGACCCAGAAGUGUACAUACCAAGGGCAAAGUUCCAGCGUAUUUGCGAUGCAGUUCAGUAUUGAUGGAGUGACUUGGUAUCGCCACCCAGUACAGCCUGCCUUGGGGAUGUAUAUUCUAACCAGGCCCGUGUUCGCCCAGUACGUCCGCCUCCUGCCAACGUUUUUGGGCCUACGCUUUGACGUCUUAGGGUGCACGUCUGACGACACCCCUCGCAACAUCUUAUGCAACAGCACAGCCACCGACCUCGGCCUCAACGGUUCAAUGACGGUCCGGUGCCCACUGGGCUGCGCCCAAGCCGGCUACAAGGUCUACGGAACACGGCUCCACAAACAGGACUCAAACAUCUGUGCGGCUGCUAUUCACUCGGGCAUCAUUGAGAUUGGAGGAGAUGUGACUUUGCUGAAGAGCCUGCCACAGAAAGCCUUCAACGGCUCCACCUGUAACGGAAUCAUCUCGAAAGUAUAUGUUGACAAAUGGGAUCCGUCUCCGUCCUUCACUUUUGCUGACAUGGAGCCGAGAUGCUCGGGACCUGACUGGGAGGAGUUUGGGGACUUCUGCUACAAACAUUUUGACACUAAGAAGACGUGGUACGGCGCUCGACACUCCUGCUGGGGUCUCGAUGCCAAUCUGGUGUCCUUUCGCUCUGAGGCUGAGUGGGAUUGGCUGCAGGACCUCAUGAAGCUUGCCCCUGGAGACACGUGGACCGGACUGAACGACCUGGUCAAUCGCGGCAGAUUCGUGUGGUCGGACCGCCAGAAGGUGCCGACCUUCACCAACUGGGCUACUCCGGGAAGACCUACCGGCCUGAUGGAGAAUUGCGUGGCCGCCUUGAGCCAGUCUGGCAAAUGGAAGAAGAUGUCCUGCAUGGAAUUAAACGGCUACGUGUGUAAGAUGCCCACAGCGCGUUAUCCGCUGGAUUUGGAAAGUGCCAAUGCAAGUUGCUAGUAUUCAUAUGAAUGCAAUUGACCUUG